UGUUGUCGCGGAAAGGGGCACACCUGCUUGCCCCUGCCGACUGGGAUGGUGUCGACCGUAUAUUGCACGGCGGCUCAUGGCCACAGCACGAGAACCAGAAGUGCGCGAAAGCCCAGAGCAGAGCAACAGCAGACAAUGGCCAAGCUUGAGAACGCGAAGUCUCUUGGGGAUCGCGGGGAAGAAGGCGGCCGGCUGGCUGGCAUUGCCCUUUUAAGAGCUGCUUCUCCCUCCCUCCCCGCCCCCGCCAAGUCCCAAACACCCACCCACCCACCCACUCAGCCAUCCAUCCAUCCAUCCAAGAUCGAGGUUUCCUAGAGGGGGCUCUUUCACAAAGCGCCAGAAGCUGCACCCCCGCCUGCCAGAAAGCAGCUGUUCGCCGAGCUGCUUGGGAACCCGAGCCGCGCUGCCUGUUGGGUUCUUUAGUCUUUUUCUUGCCCACCUGGACCCGGAGCGCUCCGUUAGGCAGCACUGCACUUGGACAUGGUGGGAAGGAGGUCCCGCUGAAGCGGCUCCGGGCGUUCGGAGGAGGAUUGGGUUGCCCCGGGCUUGGAGAGAGAGAAGAUGGGAUGUUGCACGGGGCGCUGCACUUUGAUAUUCCUCUGCACUUUACAGCUGCUUGCUGCCUUAGAGAGACAAGUUUUUGAUUUCCUGGGAUACCAAUGGGCCCCAAUUCUUGCCAAUUUCCUCCAUAUCAUCAUUGUAAUCCUUGGCUUAUUUGGUACAAUCCAGUACAGGCCACGCUACAUUGUGGUGUAUGCCAUCUGGACAGCCAUCUGGGUCACCUGGAACAUCUUCAUCAUCUGCUUUUAUUUGGAGGUUGGCGGCCUUUCGAAGGACAGUGAGCUCUUGACCUUUAACAUCUCCCGACACCAGUCAUGGUGGAGUGAAAACGGCCCCGGCUGUGUACGGAAGGAGACCCCCAUGGCUGGCAUAAAGGGUUUGGACAGCCAUUCCUACGUCUCUGUGAUUGGCUGCGCUUUGGAGUAUCGCUACAUUGAGAUUAUGCACAGUGCGUUGCAGAUUCUGGUGGCGCUGGUGGGCUUCGUCUAUGCCUGUUAUGUUGUCAGCGUUUUCACAGAGGAAGAAGACAGCUUUGAUUUCAUUGGUGGAUUUGAUCCAUUCCCUCUCUACCAUGUCAAUGAAAAGCCCUCCAACCUUUUGUUCAAGCAAACCUACCUGCCUGCAUAAGUGAGAAGGAUCCAGAGCCUGGAAGAGCCAAAAUCAUCUAUCCAGAAUGCAGACGCCAAAAGUCCAAGCUGUGCAGCUGCCGCAGCAGCCGAGUGAUGGAAAACACAUUUGGCUUCAAAGGACACACACAAGAUGACUCUUCUUUGACUUUCUGGCCCAAAUAUUGCUUUACUGGCGAGCCACUCCUGCCAGUGCGUCCUCAUCAGUGUGCUGGCUCAUUAGUGGAUGCAUACAUUUUGCUAUGAAUGAAUGGAAUGGGAAGAUUAUUCCCGCCCCUUUCAGCUCCAUCCCCUUUGCCAUUGAGAACCGGAGAGAGCAGUUGGGGAACCACUCUUGAUUCUUCCACACAGCCUUUCCUGGAAGCCACCCUCAAAAGCAUUGGUGAAGACUGGAGAUUGUUAUGGCAUACACAUUGUUAUACAUGGACAUAUAACCUACUGAAAUACUCUUAUCUUGCAUUUUCUUAUAUUGGACAAGAUACUGGUCACACGUACAAGUUUUGUGAACCUAUGAAGCUGCCUUAUACAGUCAGAUCAUUGGUCCAUGCAGCUCAGUAUUGACUGGCAGAAGCUAUCCAGGAUUCAGACAGAGGUCUUUCCAAGUGACCUGGAGAUGCCAGGGAUUGAACCUGUGACCUUCUGCAUGCAAAUCGUGUGCUCUAUCACUGUCCUACAGCUUCCCUCCAAAUUCCUUAUCCCCACCCUUUUGAUGUCGUAGGAAGACUAGAACCCAGUUGCCAGUCCCCCUUGCCUCACUAUUCACCUUCAGCCCCAUCCCCAGAAACUUAGAACUGGUUCAAUCCUUCUCUAAAUUUCAAGCAUCCAAGGCGAUGGUGCAUUAGUCACGGUGGAUGACAUAUUCAUCUAGACACAUUAAGAAAAAGCCCUGGUGGAUUCACUGUUUAUUAUUUUUAAGUCAACACUAAGGAGAUGUGCUUAGUUUAAUCCAAUAAAAAAUCAAAUUUGUUCAAUCUGGUAGCAAGUGGGAGAAAUUAAGAGAAAUGACUUUGAUGUACCAAGCCAAUUCAUUGCAUAUGAACAGCUGCCUUAUACAGAGUCAGACCAAGAGCAUACUAGCUCAGACAUGUCAACCCUGAGUGGCGCCUGCCACCUGAGAUCUUUUAACAAGAGAUGCAAGGGACUAAACUGGGAAAUUUCUGCAUGUUCUCCCACUAAGCUGUGGCCUUCCCAAUGGCACACACAUCUGGAAGGCCCAUGGUGUGUGUUGCAACCCAUCUCCAAGAGUAGAGGUAGAAGGAGGAGAAGCGGUUCACAGCAUAUGAUUGUGUUAUCUACAUCAGGGAUUCUCAACGUUGGGUCUCCAGAUGUUAUUGGACUUCAACUCCCAUAAUCCCCAACCAAAGGCCCCUGGGGCUGGGGAUUAUGGGAGUUGUAGUCUGAUAACAUCUGGGGACCCAACGUUGAGAAUCCCUGAUCUACAUGCUACUGACACUGUACAUUAGAUAGUUGGUGGCACUUGUAUGUUAUGAAGGUCCUCUCCAUUGCCACCCUUCAAAAUCAGUUUGUGUUGAAGAAGGUAUAGAUUGGGUUGCCUGGGCUUUGGUCUAUGGCAAGGGUUCUCCAACUUGGAUCCGAUUUGGCCAUUAUGGCUGGGGAUGAUGGGAGUUGGGGCCCAACAAUAUGUGGGGAUCCAACAUUGAGAAAUCCUGGUCUAUGGUGUUAAGCUAGCUCUUAAUAUCCCUUUUUAGUAAAGUAUGUAGUAACAUGAGAAGCUGGCCACAUUCGGAUGUAUCAUGAAACUGGAGUUAAAUGGGGCAGAGGUUGGAACUCUGUUUUGUCCAAAUGUGUGCAACCACGGUUUUGUGGCAAAAGUGACCAGUGGUUUGGCUUGCUAAACUCCAAUUUGAACCUUUGGUUGUGCCCCCAAAUGAGGACCCCACUCUUCUGGGGUCACUGGUAACUGGGGCUCCCUUCUCCCACAAUUCCUUGCAGCAGCAGAUGUGCAUACAGCACUUUGUCAGUCUAAACCCAGGAACUUUGAAUAAGAAUAAAGGUCCAUCUUCACUCCCAGUGUUUCCCCUGUCUGCACACAUGGCAAGUCUCUGACACAUAGAGCAUCAAAAUCUCCUUUGGGUCCAUGCAAGGCUUCCUGGGGAGGAGGGGAUUGCAGUGCAAAAGUUCUAUCGUUAACCAGAGAGUAUGGGGGUCCCAUGCAAGCAGGGGCCCCUUUGUUGGAUUAGCUCAACUCAUGAGUGUGCUGUCUGAUGUAAGACCGAGGGUGUUUUACCCUAAGGUCCUCCCCAGUGGACUGACCCUCUCAUGAAAGUGCAAGUCCACCAGGGGAGAAGUUGUGUGGGUUGGUCUGCAUGGACUGCUUUGCUGGGGUGAGCCAUUUCAAGAGCAUCCUAGGUCACAGCGGGCCAGCCCCAGGAGCCUUUGCCCUUCUCCAUAUACAUAUCAUCUCCUAGGAAGUCAUUAUGUUCCCUUUCCUUUCCUGAAUAUCGGGAUAAUAGUGCCCCUGCAACCCCUGCCCAGAAAUUGUGCUUAUGUGAAGUUUCGUGGCUUCGGGGCUCUUACAAGGGCAGUGAUGCUAUCACUGUCAGAAGAAGUGCAGGCAUGGCAUUUAAAGUGACUUAAAUGCUCCUUCCAUGCGGAAGGCAGGCAGACUCAGCAUGCCUCCUUUAAGAUCGUGGCCAACGAAUGGCAGCUGUUCCUGUGACGUUGCCCACAGUCUGGUGAUGCCAGCACUAUGGAGCUGGCUGGGGUGCAGUCUCGCUAGACCAGGAAGAGGGAGGGGCUCCCCUGUCCCUAAACUGGAGGUUUCUGGGCCGUGAUAGGAUGGACGUCUGCAAUACGACUCAUGGUUUGAAAUGUUAACCAUGGGUCCGCUGACCUCCAGUUCCACAUUGCGUGUGAAUGCGGCGGCAUCAUUCCAAAGGAAUGAUGACCCUUGGCUUAUCUAGCUCAGUAUAGUCUGCACCGACUGGCAGUGGCCCUCCAAGGUUUCAGGCAGGAUUUUCCAGCCCUACCUGGAGAUGUUGCCAGGGAGUGAACCUGGGAUCUUCUGCAUGCAAAGCAGAUGCUCUUCCACUGAGUUCUGGCCCCAUCCCUACACAGGUCUACAGAAGCUAUGGUCAUCUAACAUCCCAUCAGCCAGAUCCAGCCUCAAAGCAGUUUUAUUUAGACCUCAGCAAGCCUAUCAAAUUCUAUUUGCAGUGCAGGAGGCGGUGUGUAUGUAUGUGUGUGUGUUCCGUAUACAGAAAAGAAAUGAUGUCUUCUGGAUAAAUCAAAAAAGCUUGCUCCACACUUGAAUGUGAGAUCUAUUUUCUGUCCUGUGGGUCAUGUCAUAUCUACAAAGCCAGAAGUACUAUAUGGUACCCAGGAUUUCUCUAUGUUCGAUUGCCAGUGCACACUGAUUGCUCACAAAUAUUCAUGCACAGAUGCAGCUCCAAGAGUCACACAUUAAAAACAGAAUUUCAGGAUGCCGAAAGCCACAUCGCAUCCUCCUACUUCUCAACACCAGCCUGCCCAGCCAUGACUGCUGCAUCUCCCCUUCUUUGCAGACCACUUCCACCUGUCUACAGUUCACAACUGGUCCACAUCUGGUCCAUCAUUCCUACUCUCCCUGCUCCCCUCUGGUAGCUUCCACCACUACCACUGUCUUUUCUAUGAAGCCGUUAGUGCUGGAGGGUGUGUGUGUGCAGCUUUAUUCUAUAGCUUGACUGCUUAUGACACCAUUGGCAUAAGUAGCAAUAAACAUCCUCAGCCCCCAUAGAACACUGCCUGGAAACUACCUAGUGCCCUGACUUUGGGAAUCAUGGCUGACAUCCAGAGCAAGAGUGCAUCCAUGCAGCAAGAGAGCAGCCUAUGAGCCCUUUCCUAUGAGCCUAACUGCACCAGUGCAGUGGGGAAGGGGGGGCAAUUUUGGACACGCUCGCCUUUCCCAGGAAGCCCUCUGUACCGUCUGAAAAUAUGUCCCCGAGGACUGUGCAACCCUCAGUGACAUAUUUUCAGAUCGCACAGAGGGCUUCCUGGGAAAGGGUGUCAAAAAUGGCCUCUUCCCUGCUGCACCGGUGCAGUUAGCUGGGAAGAAGUGCUGACUGUUAGGCUGCUCUCUCACAUGGUGCAUCCUUCCUCUGGAUGUCUGCCACUGAAGCCAGCCAUCCUAGUUUGUAACAAAGGUAGCCAGAGUCUGAAGCAUAAAGGUGCAUCUCUACACACCACUUGAAAAACAACCACCAACCAUUGUGUUAAGGUUAUCUGUCUGCCAGAGGCUGCCCACACGUGCCUUUUCUCACAGCAUAUCUGCAGUCAUCAUGACACAGAGACUUUCCUGAUGAUUUAAAAAGAAAAGAAGCAUUCAUCCUUAGUAUCCUGUUCCUGGGUCAAAUUUUCCAUGAAGUCAAUCAUGCCCAGGCACCAUGGAAGGAUGGAGAGCUCCUGAGUCUACAGGCUUGCAAGAAUGAAGACCAGACAUGCAUCCCAGUAGAAGCUCAUCCUAACAAGCCAGGCAGGUGCCAAAGGAGACAGCUUGGGUUGCUCCUCUCCCACCCCUCCUGAGCACUGUGAUGCCUGUGGGCUGGCCAUUCAUCAAGCAGGGCUGCGUGGUUACUGUGCAGCUCUACCUGAUGAAUGACCAGCCUGCAGGCAGCACGGCUCACGGUCAGGGUGGGAGAGAGAGGAGUAACCCUAGCUGCCUCCUUUGGUGCCUCUUUGGCUCGUUAGGAUGAGCCACUACUGAUGCAUAGCCCCUCUCAUUCAUGGGCAGUUAUCUUUCCUGCACAGCCUACAACUCUCCCAAGAGAGUUUUCAAGCGCUCCCUUCGCUCCAAACUAAGCCAUACGGCCUGGCAUCUCCUGUGGCCCAUGUAUUGUAACUGCAUGCAUCUCUGACCAGGGACACAGGGUUAAAGGAGGAGGGAGCCAAAGGAAAUGCAUGCAGGGAAAUCUUCACUAAGUGGCCACAAGUCAAGAAUAUUGCUGAGCCCCUUGCACUGGCUGUGAGGAAGGAGGCAUCCAUGCAAUCUGGCUCGGAAAAACUGCUGCAAAGUAUUCCGCUCUGCAGCCUCCUAGAAGACCAUUGGGUUGUGUUUUGGGGUGCUUUGUUUUUGUUUUUUGUAAUUAGCAUGAUUCUCUCUGUUCUUUGUUACUGUUCUAAUAAAUUAAUGUUUUAAAUACA